AUGGAACAGCUGACUCAGUUCGUGUCCAAGCAGUUCGACGCUGCCGAGGCCAGGUCUGAGCUGUGGCCUGGGUCCGGUGGUUCGGGAGCUAGCUCUAGAGGUUCUGCCUCCCCCGUCGUGGACCCUGAGGACUCGAGGUCUCCACCCUGUUCUCCUCCACCCUCCGCCACGCCGAACACCCCGCCAGCCGCACCAGAGGACGAAGGAGGCCGUCGACUUCAACUAUCACCUCUACCUAAACCUGUGAACAAGCAGCGACGAAGUCGGACCAACUUUACACUAGAACAACUCAACGAGCUGGAACGACUCUUUGACGAGACUCACUACCCGGACGCGUUCAUGAGAGAAGAGCUGAGUCAAAGACUCGGUCUGAGCGAGGCAAGAGUGCAGGUUUGGUUCCAAAACAGAAGAGCAAAAUGCAGAAAACAUGAGAGCCAACUGCAUAAAGCUGCAGGUAUGAUGUUGUCUAGUCAUGUGACACACACCAGUCCCCCAGUAGCUACUCCUCUAGAGCCAUGCAGAGUAGCUCCCUACGUCAACGUACCUAGACUGCCUUCUCUGCCGUUCCCUCCACCUGCUACCUUCUCCGCCUUCGACCCCGCGCUGCUAACCGCCGCUCAUCAGUACGCGGCGGCGGCUGCUGCCCUCGCGGCCCCUGGCACGUCCCCUCUGCUGCUCUGUCACCCGCAGUACAGCCUCGCCCUCGCGGCACUCCACAAUGACCGCCUCCACUCUAAGAACUCCUCCAUCGCCGACCUCAGACUGAAGGCGAAGAAGCACGCGGAGGCGCUGGAGCUGGGGAGGGACAAAGAGUCAGUGUAG